GAACGUAAAGUGUGUAUAUGUGUUCUAUGUUCGUUGGAAGGUUUAGUUUAUUUUUGCCUUCUUUCAAAUUUUACCGGAAAAUUUUGUUUUUGUGAAUAAGAAAUUUGUACAACAAAUUUAAAGGAUAAAGCGAUAAUUGAGUUUGUGAAAGCGUAACUGGUGGAUUAAUUAAUGUUAUCCUGAAGGGUUACUGAUAAAUUUACUGUGAGUGGAAGUUUCAACGAUUGAAAAGAGAGAAAAACGUCAUCAAUGCGAAAGGAUUAAUGGAUUAUGUGAUUGUUGAAAGUGUACAGUGCAUAACUGGAGGAUGUAUGUUUUGGAUGCAAAUGGAUAUUUAUUGAAACAUUGACGAUCGUAUGUGCUGCUGAAUGCCAUAACGAUUAUCGAAAUACCAUCGAACUAUAUUAAUCUGCCCAUUUAAGAAAUUCGCACAUGCAUUUACAAUAUGCAAGCACGUUGCUGAUAAAUUCACAACAAUAAAAAAAAACUGCAAGUGAUAAAUAUGCACAAGAAUUUAUCUAGCCAGUUGUUCAUUUGAUAUGUAUGGACUUACUCAUGGAAUUAAUGUGGAAUUUCACAAUAAUAACAAAAAAAAAUUACAUUGACCCAAUGCGAAUGCUGGAGUAAACCACAAUAAUUCUACACCUUAACCGAGUGUAUACAGCAAUAAUGGUGAUAUGUUGUUACCUGACCAAACAUACGAACAAUGUCAAGAUAUCUUGGCACCAUUGGAAGCAUUGCGUAAAAUCCUCGAAGAAUCAAAAUUUGAGCCACGACUAGAUGAUGGAAAUAAUUGCAAACAAAAUGUUGCGAAUGUGGAAAAGAAAAAAAUUGAAAAGCUGAAAAAACCAGCCGAAACCAAUGACAACGAACUGCGCAGCUGUUCGCCGGAAAGCUAUGGCAAAACGUCCGAAUUUUUCAAUAACAUUCCGCUUUACACCGGUGAACCAUUGGGACCGUUUAGCAUACCGAAUAAACGUACGUCGAUUCGAACCAGUGCAGAUGUGCUCAAAGAAUGUGAAUCGUUUCUAUACAAACAUCGGAUUCGACCGGAUUUCUUCUGCCGUUACCGUAAAGCUAUUAAUGCUUCUCAAUCAGCACCGCCGUCAUGGCCACUGUCAAGCAGCAAGAGUCCGAAAAUACAACGAAAACCACAAAGCGCUUCACCACCUCGUGCUACAUCAUCUCGAAUGCGACGAUUUCAACACAAUAAAACAGCAAUUUAUACAUUACCCAUCCGUGGUAAGCGUAGACGAAGCUUGGUGUCAUCGACUGACGCAUCUUCGUCGAACGAAGCGGUUCAUCUGCAGCAAAGACUUAAAAGCCUUAGCACGGAGUUGUUGACGUUAAGAAAUCGCCUGCAUGUUGGUCCAACGGCUGCAGGUGGUGGUGGUGUUACCGGCAACACCAUUGUAAAUAGUGUUAAUAAUACCAUUGGCAAUGGAAAUUCGAACCAUAACAGUAAUACCAUCCAUUCGUCAACAACAACAGUCAAUAAUACAACCAGUUCACCAGUCAUACCUAUUACAAAUUCAAGUAAACUUAACAACAAGACACAUUCAACUUGUUUGCCUCAAGGGAACAAUUUAAUUCCAGUCGUUUCACCUAGGAAUACCUCAAUACCACAUCCAUUGCCGCAUCAUGUUACUGGUAAAUUUCAAGACAUUACAAAUGGCUCUGGAACAUUACCUCGUCGAACUGACAUCAGUAAUAUGGACGUACCAUUGAUCAAACCGAGAGUAUUAUCACCGAGUAGAGUAGUUAACGCCAAAAGAGCAUUGCCUAAGGAUAUGGAAGACCUUAUACAUCUUCCGGGGCCAUUGACAGAGGAUGCGGUUAUGCGGACACUACAGGCGAGAUUCGGAGAUGGAAAACACUUUACGAAUGUUGGUCCCAUCCUACUCUCCAUCAAUCCAUAUCAAGAUGUUGGCAAUCCGUUAACUCUAUCCUCAACACGAUCACUGUCCCUUGCACCGCAACUGCGUCGCAUCGUUCAGGAAGCAGUACGCCAACAGGCAGAAACUGGUUAUCCACAAGCCAUAAUAUUGUCGGGAACAUCCGGUGCUGGAAAGACACACUGUUCUAUGCUGCUACUUCGACAAUUAUUUUCUGUAGCUGGUGGAGGGCCGGAAACUGAUGCCUUCAAGCAUUUAGCUGCCGCAUUUACUGUUUUACGAUCGUUGGGAUCAGCAAAAACUGCCACCAAUUCCGAGUCCAGUAGAAUUGGUCAAUUUAUUGAAGUUCAAGUAACCGAUGGUGCACUUUACCGAACGAAAAUCCAUUGUUACUUUUUGGAUCAAACGCGAGUCAUUCGACCGCUGCCGAACGAGAAAAACUAUCACAUUUUUUAUCAAAUGCUGGCCGGUCUGAGCCGAGAGGAGCGUAUGAAAUUGAACUUAGAGGGAUACUCUCCGAACAAUUUACGAUAUUUGCAAGGUGGCGAUGUGAAACAAGACGAACGUGAAGACGCUACACGAUUUCAGGCGUGGAAAACCUGUUUGGGUAUAUUGGGAAUACCGUUUUUGGACGUUGUUAGGGUGUUGGCUGCUGUUCUAUUACUUGGAAAUGUGCAAUUUGUCGAUGGACAGGGUCUUGAGGUAGACGUCAAGGGUGAAUCCGAAUUAAAUGCAGUUGCUGGUUUGUUGGGCGUUCCACCGUCGGCGUUAUUCCGAGGUCUAACCACACGCACUCAUAAUGCUCGUGGUCAGCUUGUAAAAUCCGUAUGUGAUGCAAACAUGUCCAAUAUGACUCGAGAUUCACUCGCCAAGGCAUUGUACUGUCGUACGGUUGCCACCAUUGUUCGUCGGGCUAACAGUCUGAAACGACUGGGAUCAACACUUGGAACCUUAAGCUCCGAUUCAAAUGAAUCCGUUCACAAUCAAGCCGAUGCAGCCAGUCAACAUGCAUCGACGAUUGGCGGUGGAAAUUCCGGUUCGAAAUCAAUGGCUGCUUUAAAUAAUGCUGUACGGCAUGCAACUGAUGGUUUUAUCGGCAUUUUGGAUAUGUUUGGAUUUGAAGAGCCGAGACCAGCGCAGCUGGAACAUCUUUGCAUUAAUUUGUGUGCGGAGACGAUGCAACACUUUUACAAUACGCACAUUUUCAAAAGCUCGGUCGAAUCUUGCCGAGAUGAGGGCAUUAUGGUCGACACAGAAGUUGAUUACGUUGACAAUGUCCCGUGCAUUGAUUUAAUUUCCUCGUUGCGUACGGGACUUUUGAGCAUGUUGGAUGCUGAGUGCUCAGUGCGUGGAACAGCGGAAAGUUACGUGGCGAAGAUCAAGGUACAACACCGGAAUUCGUCGCGAUUGGAAAGUAAACAGGCUGAAUUGAACGAUCCGAGAAUAUUUACGAUUCGGCACUUUGCUGGCCGUGUUGAGUACGAUACGACAGACUUUUUGGAUACCAAUCGAGAUGUCGUUCCUGACGAUUUGGUGUCCGUCUUCUACAAACACACAUGCAAUUUCGGUUUUGCCACGCAUCUGUUCGGAUCUGAACUGAAAGCACUUUACGCUUUAGAUAAUGUGCCUAGAGGACUGAGUUUCCGCAUAGCACCCACAUCCCAUACAGAUAUAUUAAAUGGUGACGAGCCAGUGUCGACAUUAACGCAAGACUUCCAUACGAGACUCGACAAUCUGUUACGAACACUAGUUCAUGCUCGGCCGCAUUUUGUUCGAUGUAUUCGCAGUAAUGGCGAUGAAAUUCCCGGACGAUUCGAACGGCAAACGGUCGUUCGACAAAUAAGGGCUCUACAAGUACUGGAAACUGUAAAUUUAAUGGCAAGUGGAUUUCCGCAUCGAAUGCGUUUCAAACAAUUUACGGCACGCUACAGAAUGCUGGCUCCAUUCAGAUUACUGAGACGAUGCGAAGAAAAAGCGCUGGAAGAUUGCAAAUUAAUUCUUCAGUAUGCCAUGGAAAAUCCACCCGAAAUCGACGGAUCAGUCACAUUAUCCUGGGCACCGGGAAAACGGCAUGUAUUCCUCAGUGAGGGCAUUCGACAGCAUUUGGAAAUGUUACGCGGAGAAGUGAGAACGAAAAGCGCCACCGCAAUUCAAUCGGUUUGGCGAGGCUGGCAAUUGAGGCGACGAAUCGGAACGGUUAAACGAACUAGAGAUAUAAUUCUGACAUCGAACGGAGGCCUUCAAUCGACAGUGAACAAUGGACCACGUCCUUCGGCGAAAAAUGCAAACAAUACAGGUACAGCAGCUCGUCCACGACCACAACCCAUUGCUGGAACGCCACCGCCAGAUCCGAAUGAAAAAUGUGACGCUAAGAUCAUCCAGCAAACUUGCACAUUGUUCGGACUGGAUUUGGAACGACCGCCUCCAGUGCCUCCAUCUCGUCCAUACACAGUUACCGGAAACUCAAAACUUGGCUAUCCACAAUCGCGUGUGAUGAAAAUGAACUUCCCCGAAGACUCGGCGACGAAUCCACCGAACGAGCAAUUGCGUAAAGGUGAAACGGUAACCGUAAUCGGUGCGUCGCAUCGUCGCGGUCACUUAAUCGUUGAGCAUAACAGUGUCAGUUUUCAUGUUCCGUUCCAAUUCAUGGAACUUGUUAAAAAUAACACGCCGCCGAAUGUCAGCAUAUGAGAGUUUAGUGCAGGAGGGAUGAAUAUUGGUUGCAAUGGGUGAAAUUUUGAAAGAGUUAAGACUGUACAUAUUAUAGGGAAGGAUAAAUCGGGAUUGGCAACUUUUUUAUUAAAAAUAUUUUUUUUGUAUUCCAUGGGCGUAUUAAAUCAGCACAGAACAGUACACUAAAAAUUUGAACGGCAAAUCUAAACGACUUCUCAAGAUCAAGGAAAUUUUAGAAUGACUUGCUGAUCGAUAGACGGAUAAUAAUGAAUCAUUACAGCUACAACAAAAUAAUGCACCAAAUUAGAUUUAAAUCGAGAAAUACCUAACUGAUUAUAAUACGGAACAUCUUUCAACAUUGAAACGUACAGGACAUUUUAUCAACUCACCACAAUAUUAUAAUGCUACACAUCCUAUAAGUUUUAACGCAAAUAGAAAUUCCGUUUAUUUGUUUAAAAAGCAACAAAAAACCUAACAAUUAUGUGACUGUAAAUAAGACUUGAAUGACUCUUAAACAAAUAUCUGACUUCUAUUCUUGUACGACAUUUUCGUUAUGAACAGCCAGAAGAUGACGAAAGAAAAACAAUCGGUUAAGUAGAGUGUAGUAACAGUGUAGUAUUAAAUGUGCCAAUAGUUUUUAAGGAAUUUUGUAAAUAAAACGAGAAGGAAAAACAAACAAUUUUUGUUUAAGAAAAACAUUGAUUCUAUGAUUGCACUAGGAAUAAGAUGAGGUUGUUAGGAUAUCGUUGGUAUAUUAAUGUUAAGGAAGAAACGUAUUUUUUGAUGCAUUUUUGAAAAGUAUAUUUUAAAGUUAAUUUCUAUUUAUAUGAUGAAGUCUACUGCUGAUAUGAGACAAUUUUUACAUUGAAAUUAUUAUUAACGAUAAAAUAAAUUCAAUAUUUUCCAU